AUGACUUGGGUUCUCCGAUUCGUGUGUCGGUGCCGUCGUCAGCAGCACGAACAUGGAAAAUAUGGCUUGACUGCAGCCGAAUGUGCGGAAGCCGAACUCGUCUUGGUUCGUGUUGCUCAAAGGGAAGCGUUCCCAGACGAGUUGCAUCGCCUAUAUGCAAACAGACCAGUCCAGCCGACGAGUGAGCUGAAGGGACUGCUACCCUACCUUGACGACUUAGCGAUUCUACGCGCAUCUGGGAGAAUCGAUGCGGCCCUGUGUUUACCGUAUGGGGCGAGAAGGCCCAUCAUUCUCACGCAUAGGCACCCACUGACGGAUUUGAUCGUUCGUCACUACCAUGUAAGGAUGAAACAUCAGAAUGUAAACGCAACUAUCACCGAGAUCCGCAUGAAGUUCUGGAUAACGAAAGUGCGCCGGGUACUGCAGCGGGUUAUCCGGAACUGUGUGGGUCGACGCCAAGAGAAGAGGUGGGUGGCUCUAUUCACCUGUUUAAGAACUAGAGCAAUUCACCUGGAGCUAGCCCACGAUUUGUCAACAGACUCCUGCAUACUUGCGAUGAGCCGCCGAGGACCAGUAACGAAGCUGCGUAGUGACAAUGGGAAGAAUUUCAUCGGCGCAGACAGGGAAGCCAAACGGUUUACCGACGUUUUUGAAGCAGACAAGAUACAGGACGAGCUUGCUACCCAUUGUGUGGAGUGGAUUUUUAACUGCCCUCUCAACCCCGCGGAGGGAGGAGUCUGGGAGAGGAUGGUCCGAUGCGUAAAACGGGUAUUGGCUCAUACAGUAAAGGAUGUGGCCCCGAAGGAACACGUAUUGCAAAGCUUGCUCAUUGAGGCUGAGAACAUUGUGAACUCAAGGCCGCUAACCCAUAUGCCAAUUUCAGUCGAUCAAGAGGCACCUUUGACGCCCAACGACCUACUGAAGGGGACGUCCAACAUUCCUGAUACACCCGCGGAUAGUGAAGAGUUGCCUAAACCGUGUGAAACCAGGAAGCAAUGGCGCAUGGCACGACUACUGAGGGACCGGUUCUGGAAGCGGUGGGUUCAUGAAUACCUACCGACCCUUGUGCGUCGCGAGAAAUGGUGCGCGCGCACCCAGCCAAUCAGAAAGGAUGAUGUCGUCUACAUCUGUGACCCUGCAACAAGGAGCAAGGGUAUAGUCGAGGAGGUAUACACCGGAGCAGAUGGGAUACCUCGGCGAGCAGCAUAA